AUGUCCUCCACCUCCCCACCGCGCUCAGAGCGCGCGAUGUCGGUCGAUAAUUCACCAAUUAUGCUCACUCCAGGCCAAAAGAUCAGAGCUCUGAUGGCCGAGUUUGAUAGCGACUCCGAAUCAGACACUCAAAUCCCUCGCUCCCGCAUCUCGAAACUGGAUUUCGGUACUGAAACCAGCGACAAAAAUGACACCACAGAUGAAGAAAGAGAGGAAAACCCCAAGGGUAAUGCCCGAUUUCUUGCACUUGUCGCAAAGAAGCGUCUAGAGCGCGAAGAACGCGAGAAGAUCCAGGCCGAGGAGGAAGCCGUCAAGCGAGCGCAAAUGGAGCAGUUGAAUUCAGAAAUUCUGUCAGAAGAAGAAAUCGAACGUGAUGGAACUGGAUCCGCCAAAAAACUCCUAUUACAAGCUCGUCAACCACGAAAAGCCAGCAAGAAAGCUAUGGAAGAGAUGAACCGAGAGACACAGCGACUAAGCCGCAACAUGCAACUGGCCCACCAAUCCCAGACCAAAAAGAAAAUCACCAAGGAAAGCCUGUUUGCCAAGUUCAACUUCAUGCAAUCGGAGGCUCCUUCAGAUAAAUCGAAGGUCGAGCCCCUCGACGCCGUGAAUCAACCCCAGACAGAAGCUGAUGGCCUGUCCGCCCUUGGGGAAUCUACCUCGGUGCACUCUCCCAUUGAAGUUGUAUCGCCUGCUCUUUCAGUCAGACCUAAGAAGUCUUCUCUUCAACUCACUCGGCCCCCGGUCCGUGUUCUAAUGUCACGCCAGGAAGUUGCACAACACCAAAAAGAUAAAUCAGACAGUGAUGACGAUCUUGAGGUAGUCACUUUGCCUGCCCAAUCUCGCCGCGUUACUGUUUUUGAGAAUCUACCGGCGCAGAGGAUGCAAGAAUCUUCAUCAAUGAUAAAACUCAAAGCUUUGGCUCACCUGACUUCGCCACCUCGCAAGAUGGGUUUUACGGGACCCGCCGAACUUUCUGCAGAUUUGUUAUACAAAGCCCGCCAGCAGGCUGCCAAGGAAAGAAAGGAGCGUGUCGCAGAACUCAGAGCGAAGGGUGUCGUUAUUGAAACCGCUGAGGAGCGUGCGGCCAUGGAAGAUGAUAUGGAAAAUUUGGUCGAAAAAGCCCGCCAGGAAGCUGAUAACAUUGCACGUCAGGAGAGAGCAGACAGAAAGAAGGAGCAAGGAAUCGAUGACGAAGAAUAUGAUAACGAAUAUGAGCUAUCUGGUUCUGAUGAAGCAGAUGACUCCGCAGAUGACGAGUCUGAACUUGCACCUUCGGAUGAUGAACAUGAAGAUGAGGUUGCCACAAAUAGUGAGGAUGAAGUUGCUGCAACCCGGCUCAAGCGACGGGCCCGCGUGGUCAGUGAUGACGAGGACGAGGAGGAGGAAACCAACCAAGUUCCCUCGACACCGAUUAGGCCUCCUUCAAAUGCAGCACAGUCAGUUGAGAGGCCUCAAUUUCCUGACAUGGACACACCCAAUAUGUCUAUGGGUUUGACACAGGCAUUUGCCAGCACUUUGGCUGAUGACGAAUCUGAUACACAACCACCCUCAACAAACAUUCCUUUCUCCCUCCCAGAGCCCGGUCAAGCUAUUCCAAGACUUCGUGCCGAGGAAUCCGAGAUUCUUGUUCACGAUAGCCAGGAGUAUUCCUGCGGACAAGACCUCAUGACCAUCCAUAGCCCGAAUAUUGCCAGAGUAUCAGAAUCGCCUGCUGGCCACGCGUUCUCACAAUAUUCCCAGCUCCCUGAUCCAACUCAGGAUGAAGGUUUUGUAUUCUCUCCUUUUGAUCCAUCAAAGAGAUUCCGAGGCACGCCACCAGUCUCUACCGUGGACACUGUCUUGUUAGGUCAAACUCAGUCUCCUAUUGCAGAUCGAAAAGCCAGGCACCUUCACCGAGGGCGUGCGGCUGAUCUAUCUAUGGUUGAAGAAGAGACCGAAGACGACUUUGACGUCAAAGUUAGCGCCUUUAAUGUGAUGAAAAAAUCAUCAAGGAAACAAGCUGUUCCAUACGACAAGAAAACGAGCAAGGCCAAAAACAUUGUGGAUGAAGCUGCCGAAGAAUCCGAGGACGAAUAUGCUGGUAUUGGCGGUGCCAGUGAGGAUGAAGAAGGCGAAGAGAAUGCAUAUGACCAACAAAUGAUCAAUGAUAAUAGCGGCGAAACAGUCGACGAAAAACAGCUUGCUGCUCUCAAUGCUUUACACCAGCGAAACCGUGACGAGAAGGAUGUGGCCAAGUUGAUGAAGGAUAUCACCACCGGAGCUUUGCGUCGCCGCCGUGGUGGUGAAGCUGACGAAUUCGAUCUCGAUGAUUCAGAUGACGAACGUGCAGCACGCCGACGUGAGAAACAGCGCGAGUUCGCCAAAAUGCGUCGUGCCCUUCUCGCUGACGACAAGGUUGGUGAGCUCGCUGAGAACCCUAAGAAGGCAGCUUUCUUCAGAGCCAUCGAAGACCGCGAGAUAGAGGACGACUUUGAACUAGAGAUUUUAGAAGAGGAUGGCCCAUCCCAAGUGGAAUCGUCGCAGGAUGUCGCAGCUCUUAAGGAACACACCAACUCUGCACAUGACAGUAACAAUCGCAAACGGCCCUUUGAACCAUCUACCGACGACCCAUCCACCCGACGUCCGGCUCGUCUUCGUCGUACCCCAGCCAGUGCUCUGUCGAAGAAGCCCGCAACUCUGGCUGAGAUCCGCGAAACUCUGUCCUUCUUAACCGAGACUCAUGAUUAUGACACAUUCCACGAAGACACUUCUAUUGAUGACGAGCCUGUCGCGAACAAUGAUGACUCCCACGAGAAUACAUCGCAAGAUAAAGAAUGCUUCACUGUGCCAGAUCACCCCCGCCGCACGCGCGGACCUGUCGUCGACCGCCUCUCUUUGCUACGCCAAGCGUCAUCCAACUCUGCAUCUACAACAGCUUCGGGAUCAAACACAAAGUCCGCCUUCCAGUCUGGAAAGAGCGAUGGCCCCAUUGGAUUCCGCCCCCCACAGCUUCUACGCCGUGUGACGACUGGUUCUUCUACAAGCUCGACCUCGUCCUCAUCUAACAACUCACACCGUGUCACCAAGCCCACUACUUCAGGUUCGAAAAAGGGCGGUGCUGUUAAUUCAUACACUGCGGCACGCGAGAAGGAGCGUGAGAGACAGCUACGGGCCAAGGAACGGAAUGGUGGUUCGAGUAUAGCUAAGCUAUUGAAUAAGCAUGCUGGAGGUGGACUGGGAGCAUUGGUUGGAAAGGGACAAUGGGAUUAA